GCGUUUAUUCAGUCCCUUUCCGCUGUGUACAGAAGACGAGAACGUGCCUAAAGGUGCUCGGUUCUUCUAACGAAGCUAAGGCCUCUGAAUCCGGCGACUAGCACCGUAAAAAUUAGGCAUCCAGGUCCUAACGUGUGAUAAAGUGAACUAAAGAUGGCCUCAGUGUCUGAACUCGCCUGUAUUUACUCCGCUCUCAUCCUCCAUGAUGAUGAAGUGACCGUCACGGAAGACAAGCUGAACGCACUGAUCAAGGCUGCUGGAGUGACCAUCGAGCCUUUCUGGCCCGGUUUGUUCGCCAAGGCUCUGGCCAGCGUGGACAUCGGUAGCUUGAUCUGCAACGUGGGAGCUGGUGGUGCUGCUCCAGCCGCCGUCGCUGGUGGAGCUGCUCCUGCUGCUGCUGAAGCACCAGUCAAGGAAGAGGAGAAAAAGGAAGAGAAGAAGGAGGAGUCUGAGGAGUCUGACGAUGACAUGGGCUUUGGUCUCUUUGACUAAAGUGCUUUUACAAUAAAAAGAAAAUCUAA